GCACCGUACUUAUAAUAUUUAUAUAUAUAAUAACCGAUUCUGAUUCUGAUUGCAGCAAGCAGACGCAUCUUUUCUCACCGGUGAGCCGACAACAAAUCAGUGACGAUAACUCUCCCGACCCUGGUUUAUGAUUGGCUAAACGUGCACCGGGGACGUUCCAUCUGAAAAUGGGAAGCGUGCGCGCGCACACAUGUUUACACUUGUAGGUUACGUCUCCACUGUGCAUCGAGCCAAGAAGACGAAACAACAACAGCAGCAUUACAAAAGGCCACUUGGUCGGUGUAACCGAACCUCUACCGAGAGGACACGCUCACGACUCCCAAAGGCAUCCGGUGCAGGAGGUGGAGGUGGAGAUGUGGCUCAUUGGUGUGACUACUGAGGAGUGUGACAGCGUCUCAAAGGGCUCCUGAAACAACGCUUUGUGUGUGGAGACGGACGGGGCGGCAUCUUCCAACACCUACGUCCUCACAGAUGUAGGCUUCGCAGUGCAGGAUGGGUCUACCUGUGGACGGUCCAGGCGGAGAUGAAGAGGCACAUAACCAUGAGCAGCAGGGAGAGGGAGAGGGAGAGGGCGAGGGCGGAGGAAGCCCAGCUGAAGCCUCCACUUGCACCCCGCCGCCCAUCAACAACAAGAAGAGGAAGAAAAGCAAGAGGAGACUGUGGAUCAACCUCACCAACUGCAAAUAUGAAAGUGUGCGCCGCGCCGCGCGCAGGUACAGCCUCAGGGAGAUGAUGGAGGGCGACGACUGGACUCUUUUCUGGACCGACUGCUCCGUGUCUCUGGAGCGCGUGAAGGACAUGAAGCGUUACCAGAAAAUAAACCACUUCCCGGGGAUGAGUGAGAUCUGCCGCAAAGAUUUACUGGCGAGGAACAUGAACCGCAUGGUCAAGCUUUUCCCUAAAGACUACAACAUCUUCCCCCGAACGUGGUGCCUUCCUGCAGAUUACAGUGACUUCCAAGCCUACACCAGGGCCAAAAAAAGCAAGACGUACAUCUGUAAGCCGGAUACCGGCUGCCAAGGCAAAGGCAUCGUCAUCUCCAGGUCCAGUAAAGACAUUCAACCUGGAGAGCACAUGAUCUGCCAGGUUUACAUCUCCAGGCCUUUUAUAAUCGACGGAUACAAGUUUGACUUGCGUAUCUACGUGCUGGUGACGUCGUGCGACCCGCUCAGCAUUUUCAUGUUCAAGGAGGGACUGGCUCGCUUCUGCACCACCAAGUACAACGAGCCGACACACGGCAAUGUGGAGGACAUGUGCAUGCACCUCACCAACUACUCCAUCAACAAGAACAGCGAGAACUUUAUCCGUGACGAAGACACCGGCAGCAAGCGAAAGCUGUCCACCCUAAACAAGCUCCUGGAGUCCAUCAGCUGCAACACAGACGAGAUGUGGAGUGACAUCGAGGACGUGAUCAUAAAGACUCUGGUCUCCGCUCACCCGAUCCUCAAGCACAAUUACCACACCUGCUUCCCGAACCACACCACGGGCAGCGCCUGCUUCGAGAUCCUGGGCUUCGAUGUGCUGCUGGACCACCGGCUCAGACCCUGGGUGCUGGAGGUGAAUCACUCCCCCAGCUUCACCACCGACUCGCAGCUGGACCGCGAGGUGAAGGACGCGCUGCUGUACGACACCCUGGUUCUCAUCAACCUGGGCGCCUGCGACCGCCGCAAGAUCACCAAGGAGGAGAAACGCAGGGUGAAGGACCGGCUGCAGCAAAACAUCACCAGAGAGGCCAGGACGGAGGAGCAGCGUCAGUGCCAGGCCGCUACGCUGGAGCAGAUGGAGCGGUACGAGGCCAAACACCUGGGAGGCUUCCGGAGGAUCUACCCCAGGGAGGGCGGGGACAAAUACGACAAAUACUUCAAACACAGCGGCUCGCUCUUCCAGGAGACGGCGGCCUCCAAGGCCAGAGAGGAGUGUGCCAGGCAUCAACUGCAGGAGCUGCGUCUGAAGCAGGAGCAGAAGGAGAGAGAGCAGAGGGGAGGCCGGAGGAGAGACCUGCAGGGGGAGACGGCGGGGGAGAGAGUCAAACCCCGAGGAGCACCGACACAACCCCCCAACCUGGACUGUGACGCGCUCCCUCCGUCCAGCGUGUCGCCGGCUCCCAACGCUGCAGAGACCCUAGAGGAGAAGCAGCAGCAGCAGCUGGAGGAGGAGGAGGAAGAGAAGGAUGAGAAGGAGGAGGUGGUGGUGGAGGCAGACGAGGAGGAGGAGGAGCAGGAGCGUGUCGCCGCGCUGCUCCAGAGGAAGAAACUCCUGCAGGAUCUCGGGCUGGUGGACCAGAUCCACCAGCUGCUGCAGGGCCUGACAGGCGGAGGGGGGGUCCCGCAGGAGGCCUGCACCCAGCAGAGUAGACCGGCUCAUCAGAGGAGACAGACGAAGUUCCAGCUGGACUCUUUGACUUCGUCGUUCUCCCAAAGAGCAAAGCAACCGCCGACCUUUCACAUGUUACAGCAGCACAUCCAGUCUCAGGUGGCUCAGCAGCGCCUGCAGAGGCCCCCGACGGACCCGAGGAGCCUGAACCCGCCGGAGCCCAAGAGCCACGUCGCCCAGCGGAACCACUGGCCAGGUAAACGCAUCUCUGCACUCACCUCAGCCGCGCGGGACACGACGGGCAGGAGUCCGGCAGGACGGCCCGGCCCGGCCCAGCGUCCUCAACCCGGUGCCCAGAGGAGGCCUGCGCUGCGCCUGCUGGCCCCACGACCCCGCGGCCCUGGAGGGCCUGCUCGUUAUCUCCACUCCGGCCCCUCUGGUCAGGAGGACUGGCUUCUCUCACAUCGUCCGCAAUUCGUCCCCCCGAGCCCCCCGAGCCCCCCGAGCUCCCCAGCAGCAGCCCGGUAAAGGCCAGUGAGGAGCCGGCUUCACACCAGAGGAGGCACCCAGGAGGGCUGGAGGUAGAGAGGCUUUGAGCUGCGAACAUAAAGGAAACACACUGUGCCUUGAUGAAUCUCGUUCAGUAGGUUUUAUACCGGGACUCCUGCAGUUUCUCAUGCUUGCCACUUUAAAACCUUGCAACACUGCAGGAAAACCACAUUAUGGUUGUUUGUGCUCACAUGUGUGUCACGUUUUGCUCCGCAGGGAUGAGUCAUCUCAAACCAACCUCAGUGCCAAAAUAAAAGCAGACGAGUCUUGUUUAACACCUCAUGGUGUGUGUGAUCCAGUUGCUCAGAAGGAAAUCUAAUAAACUCACUGAUGUGAAAUCCAGUAUUAGUUAAGAUUGACCCCCUAUUUUUGAAGAGAAGUGGAAAAUAAAGGCAUUCUGCCUCUUUUCUCAUUUGAUUCAAGGUUUGAAAAUGUUUAGGUUGUUUUGCACUAAAUAAUUAAUUAAUAUAUAUAUAUAUAUAUUUUUUAAAGAUGUAAUUUAGUUUAACUUAUUAUUGCAUAAUGGUUUUUUUAUUCCAUUUGUCAAGAAAAGAGAUUACAGGGAUUUUUAUUAUUAUUAUGCAAUGCUUGCAUUUAGAAUACAUAUUAUGAUUUUUUUAUGGGUUGAGAAUUUUGUUGUUUUUCUUAUUUAAUUCAAUUUUCCUGCAGAGUGAAUAAUUAUUGUUCGACAAUAAGUUCGCUGGUGGUUUGUGUUUCAUUUUUUAUCUUUUCGGUGAGAGUUAAAGAGGCCAUAAAGUUGUACAGCAUCUCUGCA